AUGAGCAGGUAUAAAUGCUGAACAAACAGUUCUGAUGGUUCAGAGUCGCACAAAUGUUCAAAGAUAAUCGUUUUUUGUUAUCUGUGCAGACACCACAACAACACAAGCGUCUUUACAUACCUCUCACUUUUCUGUCUGCAUCACAGCGACUCUAUCAGUGAGUCACAUCCUCAGCUUUGUCUUCGCUCGGGUCUUGAACUCUAACCGUCCUCGGUCACAUGUUACGCCCUGAAUCCUGAAAUUCAGCAUUUCAGACAUUCAAGACCUGCGGUACAGAACAGGGACACGAGGUCAUCUCACAGUUACACGUCAUUUACAGCGAUGGGGGCAUGUGGGCGAACAUUAUGUACAUAUGUGUAAUUCCUCAGAAAAAUGUUGGAUUAACAAAAGUUUAAUAAAGUUUUGAUUUAAGCAGUAAAAGCAGUAGGUUUUCUUCUACUAAUGAAGGUGUUUUCUCAAAAUUUAAGGUAACUUUUUUUCAAGAAAUUUAGUUAUCUAACCAGUUAUCACACCACCCUCCAUUUCUAAACAAAAAUAAAAACGUUAUAAAUAAAUUUGUCAUGAGUGCAUGUUUGGAAAAACAGCUAAAGUCUUAAAUUUGAACUAUCUUGUCUGGUUUCAGCUUUUUCAGGUAAGACGUUUGGUUUCUUGUAAAAUCUUAAAAGCUAAAUAGGAUCUUCCCGCAGUUCAAACACUCCGUUUCACUCUCCAAGGAGUAAGAAGGAGGUCUGCGAGAGUGUUGAGGUGUAAUGUGGUCCUCGGUGGACUGGCCCGCUCUCUUUACUUUGUAUGUUUUCCUAUAAGUCGGGACACGGAGGCCAAACCAACACGUUGAGGCCCCUCUGACGCUGCGAGCCGAGGCCACCGCAAGGUCACGACCCCGGCCAGAGUGUCUGAGAGGUCAGGGGGUCGGGUCAAUCAGAGGGGAAUGUUAUCCAAAGCAUCAGAGUUUAUUUGUUUAAUUUUCCGCCAAACCCUGCUGUCUGCCUCUGAUCAAGAUGACUGCGGAUUACAAGAGGAGUAGAAGAGAGAGAGAGACGGGGAGAAAGUGGAGGGAGAGAGGGAGCCUACUGCUUCAAAUUAGGCUGGAAAAAUAAUCCAGCGUUACCCUCAACUAAACAGAGUACUUUAAACUUAUUGUCAAAAGUCAAAUAAGCUUUACAAACCACAAAAACACUCAGCCGAAGGAGGCCGGGAUUCACACAAAGGUCACGCCGAGUGUCGUGAAUACUUUCCCGCUUUAGCUCCACUUUCUGUUUCCUUUCUGUUCGGUCUGGUAAAAUACUCACACACACGGCGAGGACCAGACAAGUGUCCGAUUCAUAAACACUGAUCUGAUCUCUCACGCUGGGAAUGAAGAAAAGCUCACAGACAGACAGACGAGUCGUUCAGGUUUUCACACAGUAUUAAACUUCCUUUCAAGUCUUUAUGGGGGUUUGAUGGUUUUGACUGCAGACUGCACCUCCAUCCCCAAAGUUAUUUCACAGGUCACACGUUAUCUUCGAUAGAAAAAACGUUUCAAGAGGUUCCUUUUUUUGUCAGUUUCGUCUAAAGAAAUUAGGGACAUUAAACGCAUGCAAACUGCUUGUCACAAUUGAUCUGCACCAAAUUUCAGAAGGAUAAUCAAAGUUUUUCAGCCCAAGUUUCAUUUCUGAUCUUGAUAUUUGUCAUUUUAUAUAAAAAAAAGCUAGAAACUUAUUUAUUUUGUGUUUGUCAAGUAUGGAAAAUUGGAUUUCAGAUUCCUCUCUUUAAUGUAAAAAUUUAAAACACAAUCAAACUUUGAAAAUUUUAUGUUAGUUGAAUUUUUGAUCCAUUAAAAGUUCUUGAUCGGGCCAAGCGCCCAAAUAGUAACAUGUAUGAUCUUAAACCCUUGAGCUGGAUUUGUUUUGUCUUGUUCUUGGGAGGGCAGAUCUUCAGCACUUUUAAAUUUAAUCCCAAUCUUUAAAAACUUUUAAAAACAUGAGUAAAAUCCACACAACUGGCAGUAUAUGUUCAACUUAACUUACUUUGGAUUUUGUUACAUUUCAGUGUGAAAAAGAAAAUCUUACAAAAGUGUGUUAAUUUCUCAAAACAAAGAUCGGUCAGUUUGUUAAAAUAAAACAUUUUAAUUUCUGAUUUUUUUCCUUAAGAUUUAUGCUAAAAUUAUUUUCCCCAAACUUUUACUCUGGGUAGAAAAUAAAAGUCGAAACACUCAUUCCAGUUUACAUGACUAAAUGACAAGCAUACAAUUUCUUAUUUAAUUUAAUUUCCUUUCACUUAGAAGUGCUUGACCUUUAAACCUUUAGUCGUGUUUUGUUUGCAAAAUAAUCUGUAAAAAUCGAGUAACUAAAGUUUAACUUAAAGAUAAACAUCAAUAAAGUAGGAGUAUAAAAAUACUCAAAGUAUAAACACCCAAAAUUCAAUUUUAAUCAUGGUUCUCCAUCAGUAAGAUCAUGGUUCUCAUUUAUCUUAAACAGCUUAAAAUAGACCAUCCUUUAUCAUUUUAUUAUAUUUUUCUAUUAUUUAAGAAACAUACUAUGAUACAUAUAUUUACUACACCUUUCUGUAAUUCUCUUGCUGUAGGUUCCCACUAAAGUUAGACCAAGUUCAUGUUGUUAUAUGUGUUGAAUAUUGAUGAUUAUUCCUUUUGUAUCUCCUGUUUUUAGCUCUCAAAAGGUUAAACGGAAGUAAAGGCAAAAUUUUUUCACAUUUCAUCCUGCAUCGAGACAAAGAGAAAGCUGACACGACAGUAAGAGAACAACAAACUUCUCUCUGCUGGAGAACAAAUAUCACAAUAAACUAUCUCAUAAACUUUUUUAUUCCUCCUCCUCAGCACAAAGACUCCAACUCCCGGUGGCCUGAACCCUCAUAUGGUUCAACAAUAAACCUCAGAGUGACUUUUCACCUCCUCGAUGGUGGAGGCAACGCAACAAUACGCCUAAUUUGCUGUGUGAGUACCUGUGUACCUGCGGAGGUGUGUGUGUGUGUGCCUGUUUUUUUUAUGUGUGUGAGGAGAUACAGCGAGAGCCCAAACAGUGCGGCGCCAGCAGUCUGCCCUUCCCUUGAGAACGUAACGGCUGAGUGCCAUCGGAAAGAGAGACCAACAACGACGGGAGGGAGGGUGAGGAGAGGUGGGGGCGGGAGUUUUUUUUUUUUAGGUGGACCAUGGAAGGAAGCAGGUGAAGCUUUUCAGGUGAUGCCACUUUGUCUGCGCCAACAUGGCUAUGACACAGCUAAGCAGCGUUAAUUUUUACUCUGACUAAUACUUUUUUGACUAAUCGGCGAGCACCAAAAUACAUGUUCACGCUCGCUCUUCCAAGUUCCCCAGAAUCAAACUCUUCCGGUCAUUUUCUCCUCCUUAAGAGCAAACAGGAAUCUGUUUUUUCACAAGAGGACGUCCAGCACUUCUAAAUAAAUUCACUCCAUCUCCAUAUUCCUUCUCCCUGAAAACCCCUCAGCACCAUAUGAUAAUCCUGCCAACGCAGAAACUCUCAUUUUAAUCUGUCGAAGAGGGAAAUGGAUGUAUGAGAGAAUAUGAAAACAGGGUGAACUCCAAAGCCCCCUGUGCUUACUCCAUCAGAAAUGCAUUUCUGCUGCGCUCGGCACAAUCCUAAUGCCAAAACAUUUUACCCAGAGUCCUGCUGGCCUCCUCCUGCCCAGGUUCCACUUCACUUCAUUCACUUUUAAAUCUUUUUUUACCAUCUUAAACAAAAAAGGACUAAAAAUGGAGUUCAGGAAGGAGGGUGGAAGGAGCCAAAAAUUACUGAAACUCAAUCUGGUUAGGGAGCGCUCUUUGUUUUCCUUGACUCGGGACUGAUACUUCUUAUUCACUAACUAGUUGAGCAAAUAGAAAAAUCUAGCAGGGAAAAUAUUUUCGCCUGUUUCUAUACAUUUUACAUGAGAGGCCACGAAAAGAGGGAUGAGCUUUCCACACAGGGGGGAGAUCAAAGUUCAAACUCGCUUUCUUCUUCGGUAUCAAAACUAUCCAGUUGUUUAAAGGGGCAAUUUGAGACGUAACAUUUACUAUUUAUUUUAAACUGUGAGCAGGGGUGGACUGGGACUAUAAUUCAGGCCAGGAGUUUGACUCCAUCCAGGCCAGGCCAGUACACAUUGAUGCGCAAAUGCCGGCACCGGUGAAAAGUUUUGGAUAUCUGAAGCCAGAUUUAGUGAAUAUAAAGCUAAUGUGAAGAAUUCAACAUUGUCUACAUGACUGAAAAUUUAAUAUGAAAUAUAAACAAAAAUAUGCCUCUGUGCAAAAGCUUCACAGCAAACUUUAUUUAACAAAAAAACAAAAUUUCAAUCACAAUGUGACACAACUCUUUACCUCAACAAAAAUGUAAACAAUCUCUGAGAUGCACCCACCCCCUUUAAGGUCCUUUCACACCGGGACCGUUUUUUCGUGCGAUUAUUUCGGUCGUCAAUAUUUUUUGGAACCGGCAUCCUGUCAAUACAAGCGUUCAACUGCAAUAUUGCUGCUUUUUUCAGAUAGCGUGUUGUUGCGACGUCAGAUUUACCGGUAUAUCCAACAUGGCCGACCGGCUGAUUGUUUACGUGUCGGAGAACAGAGUGCUUUUUGGUAAAAAACACAAAUAUUACAAAGAUAACAACCUAAAGGACAACAUAGCAUCGGAUCUCUCAUAUGACGAUGGUUUGUGUGCUUUAACAGUUUGUUAAACGUCUUUGUUUUAACUUUCAUCUGAGCUAACGUAAGCUAACGGUUGUCAUGAUAGUAUUAUGCGCUUAUCUUAUCGCCUCUGAUUGGCUAUAAGUGCUGACUGUUUGUCUUGAGCGUGUGAUGACGUUUCCAGCUUUUCUAGCCAAUCAGAGGCGAAGGAGGCGGGACUUUCCCCAGGAAAACCAGGAAUUGGCCCGGUGAUCCCGAUGGUCCAGUCCACCACUGACUGUGAGGCAAAGAGGAGGGAAAAACGGCAAGAAGGAUUCAUGUCGGCUCUGUCCACAAGAGGUUGAAGCUUCAUUCACAACUCUUAAAGUAUCAAGAUACUAUUUAACCUUUUUCAUCAUGAAGAAUCAAAAUCAGAGUUCAUUUCCAAUGUAGAGGAAGAAUAGAGGUGUUGGAAAAUCCCCAAAAUACCUUUAACUUUCAGGAAUACUCUUUGUUUUUGUUGACUCAUGUCUGAUUCUUCCAGCUCACUAGCAACAAGACAAAAACAAAAUCCUCGGAGGGAAAAUAUUUUCACCAAUUUGUUUUGAUUUUACAGAAAAAUUAGACCUCUCCAUCUGUCUCCACAGGGGGGACUCAAGUUUCGACUUGCUGUCUCUCUUUUUUGUAUCGAAACUAUCAAACUAUUUUAAAAAGGAGGUUGGACAAAUCAGCGGGGAGUCUGUCAGCAUCCUCCCCGUUUCUCAAAGCUCAAAGCUACGCCUGUCAAGUCCAUUCCCUCCAGUAUGAAGACAGAAUCCAAGUCGAACCUUGCUGAUUCAAGCACACAACCCCUAAUAAAAACAAAAGCAGCGCUGUUCAGUCGGCUCUAAUUCCCUUGACAGUCUUCCAGCCAGUCCCACUUAAGGUUAUUAUGGGCUAUAAAUACGCUGGUUACUGGGGCUAGAAUGUCAACGCUGUUUGCCCUCGUUAAGACACAUAAUUACCUCAUUUACAUCUCGUUUCCUCCCCAAAAUCGGAUGCCAUUAUGCGCCCCCGCACUCGGCUUGCCCCCCUCGUCAAACAACAAACCAUUAGAGUCAUCAUCCAAUCAGCUUCUGAGCUGAGCAUAAGGAAGGGAAAAACUCCCAUGGUUCAGACUGGGACGGAGGGCUGUGGCAGCGAGAAUGACCGAGAAAAGGCUUAUGGGGGAUGCGAUGCUCAGACAGGAAAAGCAAGCAAAGGAUAUUUCCUGUAUUGAGGGUCUCAGUGGAAGCCUUCAGUGACUGUACACAAAGUUCAGACAGGAGAGGAUUUACUUUUUCGGAGAAAGGCUGUCUGACAAAUUUAGGGUGAGUCAUAAAACACAAUAUGAAAGAGAGAAAUCCAUGACACCCCCAAGUAAUGACCCCAUAACAAUCAAGCUUUUAUGUUUAAUGUCGUCAAUGUUUAGCUUCAGUGGAGUGUCCCGCUCUAUCUAAAACCAAUGUUGGGUGGGACGCAGUUUGUUAUGUGUUCAUCAUCUCAGAGCAAAAACAAUAAAAGCAGCUGUAAAAGUCAGCGGCGACUGCAUCGUAAACUUAGCAAUAGAUAAAAAGUUGAAUAGGGCGACCUUACAUCCUCUUUUACCCACAAAUGUCCUGUUUUUGGGGGAGCUGUCCAGGUUUGUCUGGGGAAAUUUAUAAAAUCCUUCCAAUGUCCGCGGUUUUGUACGGAAGUUUCGAGUUUGUGUCACAUGGACUUACUGAGGUAGAAAUGCUGAAAAGACACUCGAUCCGACCUGAAAAACUCUCAAUUAACUUUGUGCGUCAGAAUAUGGUCACCCUAGAGUUGAAGAGCUGUUGUCCUUCGCUAAUAAGUCUUCUGGUCUCUUUGGACGUUAAUUUCACUACAGCUACUGUGGUAUCUGUUUGCCAAGCUACAUCUACCUGAUCCAAAAUUACACAGAAGAGAAGGGAUUUUCUUUGUGCCAUUUAGGAAUUGUGUUUUCACAACUAACCAGAUAAUCCACCCUCCUUGUUUACUUUCCUUCUUUUUAAAUUCCUAGGAACAUCCACCGGGCUGUUACUAACUGGGGAUGUAAUCACCCAAAGAAAUUCUUGGUCGACUAAAAACCUAAAAUUACCGACCAAAAAUUGACUAAUGGAGUUGGGGGGUGGGGGGGGGUUUCAGACUCUGACGGCAACCCUUCUGUGGCAGGGGACAAUGUCAGCGGAGCGCGGCUCGGCGGGGUGAAAAUAUACUGAUGUUAGCACAAGAUGGCAAUUAAACACAAAAGGCUAAAAUAUAAAUGUUCAGCAAACCACCGAACAUUGAUUAACGUGGACGCUCUUCAAUCUUCCUGUCUACACCUGAUCUCAAGUGGGUUGGGUGAAUCCAAAAUGGUGAAAACAAGGGGGGUUGUUCUGAGACAGGCUGUUACCUGUGGAACGGGGAGUUCUGAAAACACCCCCAUUAGUACUUGGUACGUUCCUCCUGAUGAAAUUAACCAUUGACGAGGAAAAAAAUUGACCAAUCAGAAUUUUAGUCGACUCAGCACGUAUCGACCAAUAAGUCGACGAGGACUUUAUUGCUAACAUAGGGGAUCACAGGGGAUCUUCAUGCUGAUAGGCUAUCACAGUGCAAGUGAUGCGCUAGAGGUCAGAUUUUUCCACUCUCUGCAACAAGCAAAUGAAGCGAGUAUAGAGUAUGAGUGUGUCAUAAAUUUGCAUCAUUGGGGCUUGUAACUCACAUAAUUCACAUAGCACAUUUUUCAUCUAUGUUCUACUUAUUUUUGGCUUUUGUACGCUUGACCUGGCGCCCCUUCAGAUUUUCACUUUUAACGGUUUCUUUAUCAUCAAAUAGGUAGAUUUACACGAGUGAUAAUUUGGUGCUAAAGCAAUGAACAUGAAAUAAAGAUAAAAAUAAAGCAGAAUGAAAAUAGAGAAUUGCAUGUAUAAACAAGUAUGUGUGAGAAAAGACAGAUACAGAUAAAUAACAGUACCAAGAGAGAAGAUAUGCCAUUAAAGUCGUAAAAAGAAAAAACAACCAGGACAAAAAAUACAAAAGGUUGCCAUGAAAGGUUGUCAUUAGUGAAACAAAAACUGUUGAAUAGUUUCGAGGUAGAGGCGAAAAUUACAGAUUUUCAUAUACGUCAUGACCCGACAGUAACCUCCCGGCUGGUGUCCAGGCUUGGAGACACACAAACACAAAAACCUCCAUAUGUAAGCACGCCACAGACAAAACAACACCAUGUGGAGCGUGCAGGGGGAGAUAUGUGUGUGUCAUAGGACAAAAUAAUCUGUACGAAAGAUCUGAGAGGCUUCAUUCCUCGCAUCGUUGACAGGUUCCAGCCUCUCUGUCCACAUCAGCCCCGAAAUCAACAACGAAAAAAAACCAAACAAAAACAACAAACAGCGUCAGAUAAUGGCGGCUUCCUCCUUCCUCCUCAUCCCUCUCUCAGCGCUUCCCUCCAUUUUUUUUGUUGCCUCCUUUCUCUUCAUUACUCCUUCAUGCUCCCUCCUACAAACUAUCUAUACCGGCUUACCGUUAUAUGGUGGGAGUCUGGUAUAUUGUAAGUGUGUGUGUGUAUGUGUGUGUGUUAUAACAGUAUUACAGCAGUUGUGUAUGAAAACAGCAGAUAAGAGCGCAGGAUGAUGAAAUGUGAAGCAACAACACAUGACCCAGCUUAAAGAUCUCUGAUAAAAACAAACACGCCAUAUACUGUAUAUCUGCACACACACACACACAGAGCCGCACAAACACACGCAUGUACACACACCAGGCACACACACACAUUUCGACAGAUAAAUACACUCAAGCCAUGAACCAAACAUUGCACACAUUCAUUGAGGACAGUAACACAAAUGUACGCGGUAUUCGUGGUUCCUCGUUGGUGUAAACGGUGAGUUCGUGUGUUCAUAAUAACACACGGAGGCCAGUUCGGCAUUGUAAAUGAAAAGGACUUGAUAAGAUCACCGAGACAGGCCGAGUGACUCGUGUUUAUGUGGUGGGUGGAGGUGAUCCCGAGGGUCGCUGGAAGAUGGUUAAUGCAGAGGAUCAUGGGAAAAAAGCAUGGAGGUAUACACCGAUUUUCCGUGCAGCCAAAUCCUCUCGGUUACAGCAUGAGGAGAGAAAAAGACAAAGUGUUCUGCUUGUGUUUACAGAGGGAAGCUGAUUUUGUGUUUUUUUUUUUUAUGCAAAAUAAGAGGCUGAGCUUUUCUGAAAUCGUUGAAGUUUUAAUUUUACGUUGAAUUUAAAGGAUUGAAAUGAUUUAAACUGACAUUUGGAUAGUACAUGUUCAACUUCUUUUGUCUGUUUUAGGGAGCACCUGCUCCAGAGAGACUCCUGUUAAUAUUUCAUACGUGAUAACUUUUUAAGCAGUUUGAGAUUUUAAACAUUUUAAAGAUGGAAAUUUAUAGAAAGACAAAAGAUACAUUUAUGGCGGACAUGGCCCAGUUUUAGGUAUUUUCUACACAGACAUAUAAAAUGUACAACUAUUGAAUCUUUAAUCUGAAUUUGUGGGUUAAUUCCAGAGUCAAUCUCUACGAUGGAGAAUUAGGGCCACAUUAAGAAAAAAAAUAAGACUUUGAGAUUAAAGUCAUUAAUUUACGAGAAUAAAGUUGUAAUUAAAUCAUAACUUACGGGAAUAAAGUCAUAGUAAGGUAAUCACUUACGAGUAUAAAGUCAGAAUAAAGUCUGUAUAUUCUCAACAGUUGUUUAAGAUGACAGUUGUUGAAAUGAAAGCCAUUUCAUGAAAAUGUACUUCAAUAUAGGUUUCUCAAACAGGGUGAUACUUAAUGUUUUGGCACAACAGCACCACAGUAUCAUAAGUAUCAUAAUGGUUUUAUUAUGACUUUAUUCUCAUUGGUAAUGAUUUUACUACGACUUUAUUCUCUUAAAAAAUGGUUUUAUUACGACUUUAUUCUCCUAAGUAAUUACUGUAUAUUACGACUUUAUUCUCAUUGGUAGGUAAUGAUUUUAUUAUGAAUUUAUUAUCGUAAGUAAUGAUUUAAUUACGACUUUAUUCUCAUAGGUAAAGAUUUUACAACGACUUUAUUCUCUUAAGAAAUUAUUUUAUUACGACUUUAUUCUCAUAAGUAAUCAUUUUAGUAUGACUUUAUUCUUGUAUUUACUUUAUUAUGACUUUUAUCCUGUUAGUAAUGACUUUAUUCUCGUAAGUUAAUGACUUUAAUCUCUAAGUCCUAAUUUUUCUUUUUCUUCAUGUGGCCCUAAUACCCGGUUAUAAAUCUCUGUGUUCAUAACUAAUUAGGAUAUUUAAGCGAACAAACCUUGUCAAGAUUAUUGAACUUUUUUGACAUGGUUUGAUUCUUGUGAUUUGUUUAUAUCCCUUCUUAUUCAGCCUGUUCACUGUGCAAAAGCUGACCUCAAACUCAACCAGUUUGACUGCUUAUCGGUACAUUUAUCAAAACUGUUUCCUCUCAGCUUCCCUUAUGUCUCCAAGUCUGUACUGGAGAGACAAAAAAAAAAACACACACACUUAAAAUCAGACCAAUCAGUGGCCAGUUCUCUAUCUGAUGUUGGAGUUGAUCAUGGUGGUACCUAGAGAGUCUCCAAUGUAUUCGCACAAACACACAUCCACACACUCUCCGCAUUUUGGUCUGAUAACACCGAUUUGGGGGGAAAGGGGGAAGUUGAGGGACAGAUAUGUUUUUUUUUUUUUUUUUUUUCCGGAUGGACAGGUAUGGUUUUGGCCACGCUCCGCUACUCAGGGACACCUCUGUGAUUGGCAAGGAGGCCAGGUCGCCUCCUCCACUGACAGAUUAUUCAUAUCACCUAGUUAGGUUUCAUGAAGCAAUUAUAUGUCUUCACACUCCGCCAACUUUGGGAAUGGCAGACUAUAGAAACACACACUAUACGGUCUCUGAUGGUGGGAAAUGCCUGUCAGGGAGGAAGAGGAAGGCGGUUUGCUGAAGUUACAGCUCACAUCAGGCCAUUAAAGUAACAGUAUACGGUAUUUCCAUCAUGGUAACUUUGAAAAAUAAGAUUAUAUAUAUGUAUAUAAAAUGUAUAAAGUGAGUGUACAUCCUUGAAUUCUGUGGAAAUGAUGGAGAAGCUCCAGGACAAAGUUGGUACAGAUGACUAAUGCUUUCCCGGCUACCGAUAAACCCUCUCUACACAACUUCUAUGGAAGAAGACUCACCGUCAUUUGUUUCUUUAACAUGUUAUUCCAAAUGAAUUGGGCAUGAAAGUACUUGACACAAAGAUGACACUGUAAACCAGCCACACCAAACACUUUCCCCAGUCAUUGUUGUUGAAGGAGUGACUCAAGGAGGAAUUUUCAGCUUGUAUAAACUUUAAAUAUUUACUGUUCUAUUUGAUAUUCUUGUUUCAAUUGUAAGUAAAAGUCUGCGUGUAAAGUUUUGAACCCCUCAAAAAGGAGUUCAUUGAAUUAUCUAUUUUUGGCUUUUAGAAAAGGGUCCAAGGCAAAUAUUCCCCAAUGUCAAGUUUGUGAAAGCUACGACUUUUGUUGUUUAUUUACUGUCAAGUUCUGACCUGCAAACGAAAAAGUACAGUGUCUGUCAAAUCUAACCACAAGCAUCACCAGCCAUUUCACUGGAAGAUGCUCCGAGGCUUAAUAACUGAUGGGUUUCCUAUAAUCAAGGACACCAAAUUUCUCUUUAUUUUACUUUCCUCAUAUCCACAAUGACUUGAUCCACCUUCUUUCAAAACUACUAACCUCCCAAAGCCAAAUGCAAAGACUUCCGUUUUGGCUCAGUUUAUGAUGUCACAGUUCCUCCCCAUGUUCAUUUCCUGCCAAUCUGAGGGGAAAAUGUACCUUUUGGGUCACCAAUAAAUCUGAAAUAAACGCUCUCAGUGUUGCCAACCUAGUGACUUUGUUGCUAGAUUUAGUGACUUAUCAGACCCCCUUAGUGACCCUCAACUGACUCUCGAAAUCCGACAGGUUAGUCACUUGGUCCCUUAAAGCUCUUCCUUGCACUCUACAAGGUUUAUGAACUCAAAAGUAUAACCUUGAUUUCUUUGCAUGAACGAUUAUGACCCGACAAGGGAGAAUAAAAUAGAGAAAGUACUGCCACUGAGCUGCUCAGAUCCAGAAUGCUUUGUGGACACUUACUAAGGUUGGAAUCCAUUAUGUCGAUGCAUUCUGGGAAAAACUAUUUCCUUAUUGUCAUGGGGACAGAAAAGUGUUCACAAACACCUCUGACAAUACUUUAGAAAAUUUACUCCUGGAUUCUGAGUGUUUCAUUGGAUUUGCAAAACAAACAAAAAAAAGUGAAUAAAAGUUGAAAGACGUAUUGAAAGACAGUCUAUUUUGACAGUAAGUCACACACUGUGAAUUACAGGCACGUUUGGAUUGAGUUCACUGAGCAGGAGCUAGCUCUCCUGGUCAAAUCUGUGUUCAUUACAGAACAACCAGGAAAGACAGCAAAGAGCACAAUAACUUCCUCAAGUAUCAAUAUGUUCAAUAAGAAAAGUAGGAGAAAAGUACCAGCUUCAACCUAAAAGUGUCUCAUAUUCACACUUUCUGAGGACAAAAGUUCUUACAAAUUCACUCACGUGAAAAGCAGACUCACUUAUUAAUCGACUGAUUCUUAAAUCUGCACUCACGCUCUAAAGUGCCUGAUGCUUCAGGUCUGCGGACCUGAGCGGUGUUAUAUCAAAGCAUUAUCUGCAACUCUAUCUGUUGUGAACUAAAACCAUUUAAGUAUGGUUGGUUUCCACAGCUGUUGCCUAAAAUAAACAAACUACCAAUCCCUUUUGGGCAGUUGGAGGUCAAACAGACUUAACCUGCUUUUAUUCACCAGCCUGAGGACAGAGUGAUUCCACAGAAUCAACCUUUGAUUACUCAACAACUUCAGCAGAAAGUCACCGAAGCCUGACUGCUCUGACAGAGUUGUUGUACGCUGCUGAAAGACAUGGCAGCUUUGGCGGAGGCUGGCACGUCCGCACGCUAAAAAAACAGGUGAGAUUAAACCGAACAAACACGUAUAAAGUCGAGUUUUAGCAAAUGCUGGGAAGCUCCGCCGCGUGCAGGUGACAUCAUGGGAAAACCGACAGGUAGCAGGUUUUAUUUUUGGAAUACACCCUGACAUAUAGACAGAGUUAGGAGGGCUAUUUCAGCUCUUAGUCUCAUCCUCACACUCACACACAAAUCGAAACACACACUGCAGCGUGCACAGCCCCGGUUCUCACACCAUCAGCUGUGACCUGGUUAGCUUUAAGCCGCUGUUUGAGCCUGGCCCUUAGUUGAGGUUGGCUGCUCAGACAGGGCAAUAGUUUGUGCUGCACUCACACACAGAAAUACACACACACACAUACACACACACUGGACACUGAGGCUAAUUGAAUGGCCAGGGCAGGAGGUCCAGGUCUUUAUGCCCACAGAGAGAAGCCAUGAAUAUUUUCUGUUUCAUUUGGACUUCACACACUGAGACGGUGGGAAAAAGGUGGAUGACUGUGGGAACCAACAGCAGCAGGGUUUGAAUAUUUACCCUCCUAAAAGCUCUGCAGUGUCAAAGUACCUCUGUUUCAGAAAAUAAAUCACAGUCAGUCAUUUUGUUUGAUUAUCGAGUGCCUGUAGUCUCGUCUGACUCAGUUAUCAAUGAUAUUUUUGGAUCUGUUUAAUGUGAAAAGAAUCAAGAUAAAGGCAUUGUUGUCUAUUUGCAUUGUGCAUCAUCAACACAAGUCACAAAUGUCAAUGGAGGCAAGUCAACCACAAAUCCAUACAUUUCUACGGGAAUCUCUGUGAUUUCUGAUGUGCCAGGAAACUGUCUGACGGUGUGCUUCUUGAACUUCCUGGCUGUAUCUUCAAUUCUGCUGGGUUAGCUCCACAGGCCACUGUAUCGCACACAAUGUUCUUUCAUGGUGUUGAAGUGAUGCACUGAUUACCCAUUAUCACCACCUACUGGUCUGGCAUGCUCAUGACAUAUUCAAUCAUUUCUGCGUUGUUGUGAGGACAGAAACAUUUAUAAACGCCCCUGGUGUGGACUGAAUGUCUUUUUUUGAAAAAUCAUCUCUUAAAAAUACCGGUGUCCAUGUGCAUGUGAUUUUAUGGGGAACACAGUCUUAAAGAGAUAUUGCGGCAUAAAAUUAAGUUAGGGUCAAACCAGCGUAACACCAAGUUAGACGCCUUGUUGAGAGAUGAAUGUUGCCGACUGCUUGCUUCUCUAGGUAUACCAACUUUAGCAACAACCGCAGAUAGCAAUACAGAGAGCCACGUGCUCAACCAAAACGCCACUCUAUAGCCACAAAUACUGUUCAGAACAGCCCCUAACUUCAUCAACAGUACAUAUAGGCGACUCCAUCGACAGCAAGGUGACGCAGCUCAAGGAAGAACAUUUAUGAUUAUUACUUCAUGGAAAUGCAAUCAGACAGAGACGCAGUGUUACAGUGUGUUUGAGCCUAACUUAAUUGUACGCCGGAAUAUCCCUUUAAAUGUGGUCCUUUGGGGUCAACAGACAUCAUUUUAGAGCUUCUGUCAGAAACAUUUGGUUUAGGUCACAAUUAGCACCCCUUAUUGGCAAAGCCAUCUUAACUUAUUUUGUACACUACAUGUUUAAGUAUAAAGAUUAUUAUGUUUGUGACUUUUGGUGUGUCUUCACCUGCUCGGCCGACACCUACCCCCCACCUCCAGUUUCAGACAUCAAAAAUUAGGAUAUACAAAUCGUCAAGUUUUAUUUUUAUAAAGUCUUUUAUGCUUUGGUAAAUCAUAAUAAGGCAUCCAUUUAAAUUUGAGUCCGUUUUAAAAACUCUAAACAAAACUCCUUACAGGAGCUUUAAUUUAAAGUUUGGAUGUAAAAUUUGAAAAAGCACAAUAUUUCAUUAAAAGGCCAUUCUAGCAAAGUGGUCAUUUGCGUCAAUACUGUAACUCACUAAAAUUUGUUUGUAUUUUACUAGUAGACUGGUCAUCCCAGUAUGAGGCAUGCAGCCAACGUUUGGGGUGACAAAUCUAAUCUAUUUUAUCACUUGUAAAAAAAUAAUAAAAGUGAACUGCAGGUAUGAUUUUUUUGUUGUUGUCUUUUUUGGUUUAAUUUGAGUAUUUUGAUGCUUUAAAUUCUGAACUUCAUUAUUUAGACUGUUUCAGUUUGUACAGAGUAAAAACAAACUUCUUCCUCAAUGUUACGUGACAUACAAGCGAACACUGAGCUUGUUAUUACUUAACUACACAAAUGAAAGUUUACAGAACAGAAAAUAUUUGGCUUCCAGGAAUUCAGAGGGGACGGUAGCAUGUUUUGUCAAUCUUGAAUAAAUAAAUCUUUCAAAAUUCUGAAUUUUUUUCACCCCUUCCAAAAAUGGUAAUCCUUUAAACAAGGUUUUCAUUCUUAUACCUCUGAAAACACUUUUUCAAUUCUGGUUUUCACCAAGCUGUGACAGUAUGCAAGUGAAAGGGAAAAAUGUCCGAUUUAAUGGGUUUUCAUUUCAGGCCUUGAGGCGAUCCAUAGCUUCAGUGAAGAAACGCGGCGGGUAUGUGCUGGUUCAACCCGAGUAUCAGUUCAUGUACAGUACACAAUUUAGCUUUUAAUCAUUUUCAUGCGUGUGUAUGUUUUCUGUGUAUAAACAUGUCAAUGCAUGUGGAGUCAUCCUUCAUCUACAAAAGAGAAGGAGAGAAAAGCAGGUAAAAGGACAGGAAUGAGAGAGGAAAUGGAGUCUAGGAGCAAGAAAAUGAAACCUCGGAGCAGGAGUUGAUGGAGAGGUGAGAGCACAGGAGCAGAGAGAUGGAGGAGAGGAAACAUUUAAACUGUGUGAUGACAGAGAAAUCAGAAGGAAAGGAAAGAGUGUGAUGUACUUUAUGGAGCGCUGGUUUGCCUUAGGAUGAAUAUCACCAUUUUCUUUUUUUGUUUUGUUUUAAAUUUCAUAAUAUAUCACCUGUACAUACAGAAGUGGACAUAGCCAUAAUGGUAUAAAGACCCAGUUUAAGGACUCUGACAGCAUGCUACAAUUUUCAGAGCUUUUUUACAUGAAAGGUUGUUGCUAGAAAGCAUGAAAAAAGUUAGCCAACAUCACGUUUGUUAUCAGAUUCACGCUUUGGCGACUGGAGGCAUCUGUACCUUGUGAUGAAUGGCGAAAAGGGGUGGGAACUAAAAACCAGCUCCAGAUCAGAACCAGUUCCUUCUAGUUUGAGCAGUUGACAUGGAUGCAGAACAGUUCUCUUAUUAAUGCCUUCCACUUGGUUCCUCAUACCUUUAACAACAAUGGUGUCAGUGGGGUCGACAACCAAGGAAGUAAUCAUAGGAUACAGAAGACAAGAGUGUUUUUUUGCUUUUACAAAAUCAGCCCUACAAAUAAAAACAAUGACUGUCAGCGAGGGCAGAGUCACGGAGUCGUAUGUAGUAAUUUUGUGAGUUUUUCAGGUCUGAUCAAGUGUCUUACGCGCUUCUAACUCAGUAAGUCCACGCGACACAAACUCGAAACUUCCAAACAAAACCCUGGACAUUUGAAGGAUUUUAUACACUCCCCCUGGACAAAACUUGACAAGGCCGGAUGAGGCCAGACAGCGCCCAAAGAAAGAGUAUAUGUCUGGGUAAAAGAGGACUUACAGUCACCCUAGCUAAUGUAAGGCUGCUAUCUUUGUUAUGGUCUGUCCAGGGUUGAAUAUACCAUCAGCUAAACUUGAAUAACCCAGUCAGAGGCCAGAAGAUUAAAACCAAUUUGGAUUAAAACCAAAAAAAUUUUUUUCAUACAAUGCUGUCGCCUUGAUUAACUCUGCUUUACUGUAGGUUAUUUUAAUAUAGGGUCCUAUGGGUACUGGACAAUUUGUGGAGCCAGCCUCUAGUGGUCAAUCAAGGAACUGCAGUUAUGGGAUUUUCUGCUUUGGAUUUAUUUUCAUGUCUAAGAAAGUAUUUCUUGGUUUCACCCUGUAGCUCCAGUUUAAAAAAAAAAAAAGUCUGAACGCAUGACUGCAAAUCAAACAUAAACUAAACUCACACACACUCACACUGUCCUCCCACGCAACUCUACCUCGCAUUUUGUAACAAACAUGUGCUAGCUUAUUUCCUGAUGAUGAGGCAUGGCUCAUUUUAAACCUGAAACCGGGCAACAAAUGAACCUUAACUUGAUGCAACACAAGUAUCUAGGAAUGCAUAAAACUCAUGAACACACACACACACACACACACACACACACACACACACACACACACACACUGAUAUAAGCACUGUGCAGAUGCAUUAUACCUUCAAGUAUUUCAGAAUACAUUGUACUUUGGUUCUCAAGGAAAAGUCACAAGUUUAACGGCACAAACACGCACACUAGUGACACACAGAGGCUUAUAUAAACACACACACACACACACACACAAAUGAGAGGGAAGUUAGCAUCAUUAGCGCUGGACCCAGUUUGCUAUUAAACAUGGUGUUUUUCCACUGUCUCUGUCGCCACUCUAUACAGCAGGAUACAAAAUGAUAUGAACCAUCAUGAUACAACACAAAAUGAUUUUAAAGAACACCAUAUGACACAGUAAGUAUAUUGCGUAUUACAUUUAUGAUAUAAUUAAAUAUAUUUCAAUGGUGUGAAGAGGGUUCAAAUAAUAACAAAUAGCCUCUAGCAGGUUUAAUGAUCAACAGUACACACCUCAAAAAACUCACAUUUCUGGGUCGUAACUUCAAACAUAUCAAGAAUUGGAGUUGUUAUAAAGGUAUUAAAGAAGUCAGACAAGAAUUAAGAGGAUAUGCAUGCACUAAGAUGACAUUUAGGAGGAUACACCAAGAGACAUGGCGAAAGACAAAAGGGUGAGACCCGGGUCAGGAGGGUGAGACAGUAGCAGGGAGGGUAAAAUUGUUAGUUUGGCCCCACCGGCUAAAUUUCUGUCCCCUUGGGUCUAUUUUACAUACUUCUGUCUCAGACCAAAUAAACAAACAUGGAGUCCAAUUAGCUCCGUGCAUGUUCACCCAUGUAUAUUUGUGUGAGCGCACGUGAAUCGGGAGCGUGGGAGCCAAAAAAAAAAGGUAGUUUCUGGACAUACUGCACACACAUAAGGCCGAUGCAUGUUCGAGGAGACACACACUCAACAUAAUUUCUCUUAACAGUCUAAUAUGGUUCAUUUUCAGCUAUCAAAACACACAUGAAAAGAGAGUUAACGCUGUCAACAAGCGAGCACGGGAUGUGGAACCGUCGUUUUCAUUCUCGAUAUGUCAAGGUUAGGGUGUAUUCCAGCAGAGAGCGAGGGAGAGGAAGAGAGAGAGGUACAAAAAGACAGAGAGAGAGAGAGAGAGAGAGAGAGAGAGAGGUUAGAGGGGGAAGGAGUGUCGUUCUCCAUCCUCUGCUCUCCAGAGAAUCCCAUCAUGAAACACCAAAGCACAAAGAGCUCAGAGCCUCCAUCUGAAACCGAGGGACCUUUUUCAUCCAGAAGCAAGGGGGGCAUCACUGGGGCAACAGCGCCACCCAGCACGCCACAUCCAGUACUACACCUCCCUCUCAAUCCUCUCUAUAUAUAUUUAGAAAAAAAAGAGAAACAAAAGGGACAUUUUUGCUAUUAAUUCAAUGAUCAAAAUAGGCGACGGUGAAGUCAAAUCCGUGCACGUUUUUUUAGACUAAACCAGCCCCCCCAAACACAUGAGAGAGGUAAUCAAAGCCGCUGUCGUCUUUCUGUGUGGGAAUCUAACCCUUAAUGGGCUCCACCAACCUCACAGCCAAGCACACACACACGCAAAAUCAAACUAAUUACAAUUUGUCCUUUCUCUUUUGUCCUUUUCACAGUGCUCCCUUUUAAUUCCAACCCAGAACACAGUAAAAAAAAAAAAAAAAAAGAAAGGGAGGGUGGGUGUGUGUGUGGAGAAAAGCAGCGGCGAAAGAAGAGGGGGGGUGUAUUGAGGGAUUUUCCAAAGUGGCACAGUAAAAUAACACACUGGAGUGUAUAUCGGCUUCCACUCUCCCUCAUUUAAAUAAGCGCCAACACUGAUUUUCUAACAAAAAUAUGGUACUAGUAUAAUAACAAUGAAUUAAGACCCUGUGAAAACUCGCAGCCUGCAGCAAGUAUUUAAAAUAUCAUUUAAAAAGGGCUGAUCUGUAAUUCAGAGCGGAUAUGGUAUCAGACGGCGUGCUUGUCAUUCCCGGCUAUAAUCUCCACUACGCUGAGAAACACACUGUCUGCUGGCAGAGCUGGAGAGAGCGAGGAAGAAUAGGGAGGAAGAGGAGGGGGGCAGCAGGAUUUCACUACUUAUUUUUCCUUCUCCUCUAGGUGCCGUGAGUUUGUCGGGUAUCGGCGAAGAAAUCUCAGGGACUGUUUUAAGAAAAAUGGCAAAAACUCAAGACAGAGGGGAAAAAAAUGAAUUAUUAGAUGAGGAAAGGGCUCAUAAAUCAACCGAUGCAAAAGGAUUAUUUCUCUGAUGAUUGAUUCUUCUGUCGUUGAGUUCAUCUAAAAAAAAUGCUGAAAAGUUUGAUUCUUUGUGGAGUAAAAACAAAGAAGAAACCUCAGGUGUUUCUUGGAGUUUGAGGCGUUAAAAUGACAUCUAUGUUGUCUGACUUGACGAAUCGCUGUCGAGGGGGUCCUUUUUGUAAAGAUCUGGAGCUCCUGACCAGAAAGCGUGGUUUUCCCCUGAUCAGAUUUCCUUUGAGUGCACUCUCAGGAGGUUGUGUAAGAAGUUAGGACUAAAAGUAAAGUUACGAAUCAGGGGAUAACAUUUAAGAGAGGAGUAAGAGAGAAUAAUUAACAACUGAUGACAAGAAAAGUUACUCUUUGCCACAAAAAAGGACAAAACAGGAACCUUGAGUUUCAUUGUGCAGUUGUUAUAGAGCUUUCGCUGGUACCAAACAAUACCAUCACGUCAGCUCUUGUUUGGAUAUAUAUUUUUUAAAGGCAUCUUUGACCUUUUAUCCAGCUGAAACAGACAAAAUAAAAGUGUGUGACCUGAAAAUAACAAAUGAUCCUCCUGAUGUAAGAUCAUACGUCCAGAAAUGUCUAUGUUUCAAUCUUCUAAAGAACGUAAUUACUGCUUUAUUCUUAAUUGUCACUCAGCUGUGUUAUUCUGAUAGGGCAAAACUAGGAUGACCAUAUUUGACUUCCAAAAAAGAGAACACGACUAGUCACAGAGUCGCACACAGGUAAUUUUGAGAGUUUUUCGGGUUGGAUCAAGUGUCUUUUACACACUUCUAACUCAGUAAGUCCACGUGACACAAACUCGAAACUUUCGUACAUUUGAAGGAUUUUAUAAACUUUCCUGGACAAAGCCGGACAAGCCCGGACAGCCCCCCAAAAAAGAGGACAUGUCCAGGUAAAAGAGGACAUAUGGUCACCCUAGCCAAAACUUAACAGUGAGAUGCCAGGGACAACGAGAUCAUACAUGGCAAGUCAUGAAGAACACAAAACUUAAAAUUCGUGGGAGUGGCUGACCAUACACCAACAGGGAAAAGAAGACAAGAGGAAGAAAGUCAUGUCGAAAUUUUGGCAGAUAUUAAAAUAGACAGGAAGCAGAAGAAAGAGACGUCAAACAAACUGAUGAAAGCAGUUACAGAAUAACCACAAACUUGAACGUGAUACGAGGUUUGACAGAGUCACGAGACGGUGAAAAGGUCGAGUCUACCGCAAAUAAUUUGCAAUGCUUAUGCAAAAUUCAUGUGUCAUGUGUCAGUUUUUUAACAAAGAUGCAAAAAUUGGCAAUCACAUUAUCUCUGCACAAUCCAUUUGAGCGCUACAUCUUAAGUUGUGGAUGAGUGAGCUGUAAGAAAGUUACUUACCAGCAGGUGGAUACAAAAGAUUCGAGGGCCUUUCUCUGUUUGACGUUGUCGGACAAAGCGAGAACUUUAAAGACGUCUCUAUCCCUCUGGAAAACAAAUGCUUUGUAUAACUGAUACGUUCAUCAGAAAUAGUUAUCAACACAUCAAUUGUUGUUAAAUUUACACUGUUUUAGGGAGGAGUGAGACAAAAGAUUGACAGACUUCACUUUUGUCCUUUUUGGUAAAUUUUGGACAUUUUAUGGAUUAAAUUAUAAAUCAAAUACUCACAAAAAAAUCUAAUUGAACAGCAGCAUGUUUGUUUCAGUCUGUCCCAGACACACACACAUAUGAAUAGACACACUGGCACACACACAGAUGUGUAAACACACAUUGGGUUUUGGUUAGACGUGUGGUCUGGACAGGAAAGGGCCGGGGCCGACACACUCAGCAGGACAUGGACCUCAGGCACUCUAAACCACACACACAAACGCACACACACACACACACACACACACACACACACACACACUCUGCCAGGCCGUCCUUACCCACCUAUCCUGUUGCAGUGGGGGGUCGGAACCAGCUCAACACACACACACACACACACACACACACACACACACACAUAUCCCCAUAUUCAAACACACACUUUGAGUUGGCGGAAACUGGCAGUGACAUGCUGUCGGGCAGCUCCGGCUCGCUACUCUGAGGUUGGGCUGAGCCAUCUAUCAUAGAGCUAAAACACCGAAACCAGAGACAUGAGUGACAGGGGAUCUCACACACACACACACACACACACACACACACACACACACACACACGCACACACACACACACAGAAGAGGAGGACGUAUGUAAGUAUUCCCACAAACAACACUCAAAGUAAGCAACACGCCACUUUUCACAACAUUGCCUGUCUAUGAUAAACUCUCGAUGUCAGCGAAAAACUCAUGUGACACUUCGAUCAGAUUUCAAACAUUCAAAACGCUAACUCAGCUGAAAUACUUACCUUAAAUUGAACAUAGUUAGGUAAACAAACUAAACAGGAUCUCAUAAAUUAGCACCACACUUGGGUCAGUUUUUCUGCUUUGUCACUAUCAGGGUCUGAAGCUUUCUUUUCCAAUUUUUUGUCUUACACGACAUCGUGCCCCAGAGUGAGUUUUUUGUAACUCUACGCCAUUUUCUGUGACAUAGCUUUAAGUUUUCGUGUCUUUUACCUCUACCGUCUCUCCCAACACUUGAGGGCGAUGUGGGCAAUGUUUCGAUGUGGGCUCAGAUGGCGAUCACUCCGCAUAUCAUCACUCAAGGAAGGGUGCAAGAGGCGAUCCUCGUGUAGAAUCAUCAGGGCUGAUACUGAUAUUGUCCGGCCCUGCUUCUCCUUUAAAAGAAGGAGCUUACAAUACUGCCGCUUCACAUUUACUGGCAUGAUCCAGACUGAGGAAAGAUGUGGCUGGUCCGACCCUGAUGGUUCCAGAUGACGCCGUGUUUAAUCACUUGCGAAGGAAAACUAGGAGCAGAUUGAACAGUCUGGGGUCAGGAUAAACCCACGAGUGAGGCCUAUCACGCAGGUGGGCAUGGAUUUAGGUUUUCAGUGCUGCACCAACAUGUGGAGGAUUAGUUUACUAGCAAUAGUCUUGAAGAAAGAAGUCUAUGCCGUGGAUUACAACAAAUCUACAAAAGCUGUUCGAUCAUGCUCAAGUUGUCUGUGAUCCAUCUUCCCAAGAGCAGGUUUGGAUCCUUCCUUUUCCCCAGGUAAACAGCCUCAGUGUUGACACCUUUAGUAACUGUGAUACAGCAGUAACCAGCUUUUCAGUUUCAUCUUAUCAGAGUGAAGUCAUUCAGGAUUAGGGGUGGAAGAAAAAAUUGAUACAGCAUCGUGUCGCGAUAUUUUGUCUGGUGAUUUAUCGUAUUGUCUCAUUUACCAAGUAUCGAUUUCUUCCAAUUAAUUCCUAAUAUGGAGUCAAAUCUAUGAUACUGGAAAAAUAAAAUCAACUGUUUGUCCAGUGAGGUUUGCUGAGGGGACAUCAUAGAGCAGGAGAAAGUUAGUACAACAAAUAUAUAUAAUGAGGUUUGCAAGAUGUGCUACAUGAAAAUACACUGUGUAAAUAAGACAAACAUAAAGGAAAGACAAAUGCUAAAUUAGCUAAACAGUUGGAAAAAUUGUAUAAAUCACUAUAGAAUGUAUCGCAAUACUUACUGUAUUGCAAAAUGUCAAAAAUUGCAAUAAUAUCAAAUCGUGACCCAAGUAUCAUUAUAAUAUCGUAUCAUGGCCCAAGCAUCUUGAUAAUAUUGCAUCUUGGCUUUAGUAUGAUGAUAAUAUCAUAUCGUGACCCAAGUAUCGUGAUAAUAUAGUAUCGUGACCCAAGUAUCAUGAUAUUAGCAUAUCGUGACUCAAGUAUCGCGAGACUAUUGUAUCGUGGCCCAAGCAUUGUGCUAAUAUAGUAUCGUGACUCAAGUAUCGUGAUAAUAUAGUAUCGUGACCCAAGUAUCAUGAUAUUAGCAUAUCGUGACCCAAGUAUCGUGAUAUUGUAUUGUGACCCAAGUAUCGUGAUAAUAUCGUAUCAUGGGGCCACUAGUGAUUCCCAUCCCUAUUCAUGAUUGACACAUACUUGCCUGCUGUAGUGCUGGGUCCGAGUCAAGUAAUGCAAAAAAGUCAAACUAAUGUUUAGCAGUUGACAGAUAUGUACCUUGGUCUGAGAAUGAAAACGCACAAACGCUUUCCAACACUUAACGUUUGCUGUUAAUUUUCCUUCUACACCAUCAGUGAUCCUUCUCUUAUAAUUGAUCAACAAUCUACCAGUCAGUGUCCCAGUUCAUCUGUAAAACAUCCCUGUGAAUGGUACAAACCAACAUUUCCCGACUAAAUCUCGUUCUCUGAAGGCCUCACUCUCUCUGAACCCGAGCCGGAUAGAUUAAUAGGCGUUUGGCCCUCAUUUGGACUGGUAGAAAAGUGGCCAGUUUAAGAGCUGCUACUGUAUUUUAAACGCCACGGGUGUUAAAGAGACUGAUGUGCCUGGUGCAGGAGGCAGAAAUGGUGACCCUCCCUCCCGCCUGAGUUGGUUUAAAGCCCAAAUGGGAGUCUCAGAGAGAAGAGAAGGAAGAACGGAGGAGGAAGAGGGAGGAGGGAGGAAUAAAUCUGCGUGGCGGCGGGAAUCGAUCGUUUCUCCCUCCCUUCCCGCGCUAUCUCAUCUGCGGGGGCUGAGAGAGGCAGAGCGGUUUAAACGAUCCUGACCUUGUCCGACAUAAAUAGUCAGAAAAGUCCACGGAGCAGAUAGCUUUGUGUAAGGAUGGGGGAGGGAGAGGGGGGAGGAAAAAAGAGGAAGCAUUGAGAUAAGAAAAGAAGGAGGGGGUGAAUGAGAUAAUGCUUCGCCGUUACUACAUCAGAGUCCAGCCGACGCCGUGGGAAACAGCCUCGGCCUGGCUUCCUGUCUUCCCUCCUUUGGUCGCUAUCUUUCCCUCUUUUUCCCUCUCUGAUCAGAAAAAGAGUUGAAAGUGAAGAGGGAGAAGAGGAGGAGGAAGAGGUUUUAGCUCUCGUCUCUUUUCUUCUGAUUAACAUGGAGACGGAUGGAGGAAAGAAGGAAGCCCAUUUGUAACCAUGAACACCUGUUCUACCCACCUGAAGAAGACAGAAGUGUUUCAGAGGAAGAGAAGAAAAACUCUUGUGCAGAAUUAAGAGAUGAACACAUGCAGAGAGGAGAUCUAAAAGUAAAAUACAUAACAAGAACCAAAACUUACAUAAACGAUUAACCAGGAUGGAGGAAGGUGAAAAGUGGACUCAGUGCAGAAGAGGACUCAGGUUGAUGAUCACUGCAGACUUCAGCCUGGUGUGGACUGCUGGUAUAUUUUGUCACCAAGUCUCACUUGUGACAGCAGGUAGAAUAUCUCAGUUCAUGGACAUUAACUUGGAGUUUACACACCUGUGCUGCCAGGUAACUUAGGAUCCUCUGGAGACUUUGUUUAAUAACGGUGUCCACUUAAGUCCACAGUGGCACGUUAUCAGGAGUGUCAGUGUUGCAGAUUUCUUGGGAAAAUACUUGAUUAAUUCUUCUGAGUCUGGAGUGGUGAUCAUAGUCAUGUGUCUUAAAAUCUAAGACUAGGAUUAAAGCUCCUGUAACUGUCUUCACACACCAAAGUCAUUCGCGCGAAUGAAUUACAUGUUAAGUCAAUGCAAAGACGCGAUUAGACACUAUAGCAACUCUGGCGGCGUGAAUGACGCGAAUCAGGCGAAUCUUAACUUGAGAGGAUAUUCGUGUCACAAUAACCACUCAGCAUGAAGGUUUCCAGAUGAUGUAUGAAAACGGACGGUUGUUCACUCGUAUCUAAAAUGGAAGACAAAACUGAUCGUGUCGGUGUGUGGGUUCCCCGAAUUACAUGAUACCUUUACUUUUGAUAACCGCAACCGGAAUAAAAAGGAGAAAGUGAGUGAGGAGGUCGGAUUACCUGGUAAAUUGUAAAAAAUAUGUUUAUGUUGAAAUUAUCGCUGACGCGCAAAUGAAGCAAGUAAAUACUAUUCAUUCACGCAUCUAGAUUUGCGCAAAUUAAGCGUGUAGAUGAUUUUACUCGCGCUUGGUGUGAGCGACCCGUUAGAGACUCUGUGUUUAUUUUGGUGCCCUCUGUGGACAAAGUGCAGACAAAAAAAAAAUCUUAUCCUGCUCUUUUAACUCACAAAAAUAACUUUUAUCUUUAAUAUUUGCUGAUGGAAAAGUUCAUAAAGAAUCGUUUUUACCAUGCCACAAAUUGCCUGAUCCGACACCUACCCCCUCAGAUCAGUUACAGGAGUUAAAAGUUAAACAUGAAAUUUUUUUUAUUUUUGUUCAUGGUUUUGUUUGCAUCUGUUGGUCAUAAAAGGCAUCAUUUUUCUUUUAAGUCUGGUCAAAAAAACUCUUCAGAGGAGCUUUAAUACCCGCACAAUUGAAUCAAGUCCAAGUCAUACUAGAGUAAAAUAAAAGGACAGGUAGGGAAAUAUGAAGGAGGUAAGAGGAAGGGGAAGAGUUGAGAUUGAAGAAGAAAUGGAGGACACACUCCUCUGUAUGAAGCUCUCAUCUCUCAGUGAUUAGCAUGCAGACGGAUGGAGGGAUGGAGGAAGUCAAUUGGCUCCCGUGAAGAAGACGUGAGUGUUCUAAAGUAAGAAAGGAGCUCUUUUGUGCGUCGCCUUUUCUUCUGAGUGUAACGCUGCUGUACCUGACGGUGGUUUGUGCCCCGGGUAAAGGCAGAAAUCUCUGCCUCCAUUGUCACCUGUUCCUCUAAUCAUUUUCCGCCCUUCAUGCCACAAUGGAGGAGGGCGAUAACGAUAACGAGGUGAAGCUAAUACAGAGCGCCGUCUGGGCCCCUGAACACAAUGUUCAGAUGUCUUCACUCCUCCACACACACUCUCACACACACUUUUAUACCUUUACACACUCUUUAAUGCAGAAAUGUAUGCACAUGCUCACACACAUCCAGCCUUUUUUCUUCAGGCACUCACGCGCAAAUGUUUGAGCUAUUUAAUUUCCAAAUCACUGUCUCGUUACUUUCACAGUUUCAUCGUGAAACAUAAUAACAGAAGAAUGAGAGUUUGGCGUGUUUUUUUUUUCUUUUCUGCUUUGUCAGAAAUAGUCUGGUUAGUGGCUUACAACCUGCUGCUGGUGUGAAUACGAGUGUUGGGCCAAAAAAUGGAAAGACAACGAGCUCAACAUUGAAUAUGAGUCGGGUGGUAUUAGAUUUAUGUUUUACGACAGGAGUGUUCUUGCAGAGGUGGCGUGCUAAGACUUUUUUCACAGGGGUGGCAUGAAGUAUGAGUGCAGAAAUGAACACAUUAACAACGGUAAUUUACUGUUUUUUUGUCUGAUCAAUUCUACCGAAACUGCUAACAUUUAAGUAUCACACAGAUGUUUUAUAAGUGCAUAUAAGUUUUUUUUAAACUCUAAAAGUAGAGGCGACAUUGAAAUCUUCUUUGCUGGAUGUUUUUGGAUCCAAACCAAAAAUUUAUUCAAAACCAUAAACUUAAAGUCCUUUUACAGUAAGGCAGUGGUUUUCUACAUUUUUGAGGGCCAACAUAGGAAAACAGGCUUGAAGCAAAUGCAAAGACAUCCAGUGGAAAUCCAUUGCAACAGUGUCCAAAUACGUUGUUGAACUUUAACACGUUUUCUGUCUUUUUGAAGGUUUUUAUUUGCCUCGCUACUCCUGGCUACACCACUGGAUUCGCCCCUGAAGUUAAGGACAACUUGCUGCUUUGUCAUCACCUUCAAUGAGCCCGAUCUGAUAUUUGGACCAGAUAUCGGCUCCAAUAUUGACAAAUUAACUGGAUCGGAUAUCUGAUGAAUGAUGCCGAGCCAGCGUUCCGAUCCAGUCUUUUUUUUCUUCUUUUGAUUAAUAUCACACACGCCAACACAGC